CCGGAGCCUGCGCGUAGGCGCGGCCAUGCUGAGCGCGGCCAGCGUGGUCCUCGGUCGCCAGGCUCGCCGGGCGCCCUGGACGCGGCGGGGCAGCGCUGGCGCCGCGGGUGGCGCCUCGGCUAUGCAGGCGGUCGCUGCAAACUGCGGCACGUUCGCGGUGGUUCUCCUCUGGGUGCCGAUCUCCUUCGUAUACUUGAUGCACGUCGUUCCCAGUCUGGAGGUUGCGGGCGUGGUCUGCCAGCAGGACGUGUUGACGGAGCUCGUGGGCUGGGCGGUCGUCGUUGCCAUCGUAGUCACCUCCAUCACAUCGCUCGGGAACGCCAGCAUAUCCCAGGACUACGUGCACGGGUUGUUCAGCGCGUCCCUAAUGUUGCCGGUUGCCAGGAUGGGCAUGCAAUUAGUUUUUCACGGCGUGUCUGCUUGCGCGUUCCCUGAGGGGGUCUGGUGUUUCAUAACAAUCUGCGUCACAAUCAGAAUGGCGACCGAAUUCGUGAAGCCGCGCGGGUCUAUUUCCCAGCAGUUGGGCGCUAGUUUGGAGAUGGCCGGGGCCGAGGUGACCAAAGUCAUGGCGGCGUUCAGCACGAUCACAUGGUCGGAUGAGGCCGCGGAUAGCGAUCGGGAGUCCAUGACUUCCGUUGUUUGUUCUAUCUGCUUGGGUGGAUGGGAGAUGGGGGACAGCGUCCAGACUUUGUCAUGCAAUCAUUCUUUCCACGAGCGCUGCUUAAAGAAGUGGUUGACCAUUUCCUGGCAGCAGCGUCAGGUUCUGCCGUGUGCGGUGUGCCGACAAGACGUGCGUUGCGACGGUGGUCCCGCGGGCGUUGAUCGGCCACCACUGUUUGGCGACAGCAUCGCCGUGUCUGCCGUCCCUCACAGUGUGAGUACCUCAGUCGCUCUCCCAGGGGACGCGGACUUUGUCUGA